AUGUUCAUUACACCCUGUCAAGGCAAUCUAAACCAAGAAACACCGCCAUUUGAAGAUGACGAAGGUUGUAAACUACUCGAUAGUUUUGCUAUCAUUGUUCAGUUUACCCUGGCCGCUACUGCGCUACUGACACUGUUUGUCAAACGAUACCGAGAAAGACCACAAAGACCUGUACCAGUCUGGGCACUAGAUAUCAGUAAACAGUUUGUUGGCGCAGUCGUGAUUCAUUUCUUGAACCUUGCCACCAGUUAUUUGGCUGGUAGACCCAAGGACGGUCAGAAAACAAAUCUGUGUGUAUGGUACUUUUUAAAUGUGGCAAUCGACACCACACUUGGAGUGGCAAUCCUCUGGUCGUGGCUCCACGUAAUCCAUCGUGUAUUGCGCUAUUUUGAUGUCAAGGAUGUCCGGAGUGGAUACUAUGGCCCUCCACCUUUACGCCGCCGAGCAAUUCCGUGGAUCAAACAAACAACCGUGUUUGUGAUCGCAGAAUCUUUGAUGAAACUCUGUGUCUAUGGAAUGUUCCGUGCUUUUCCCUCUCUGUUUGACUUGGGCGAAUGGGUUCUCCAAUGGACUCGCGACAAUUACCGGUACCAAGUUGUAUUUGUGAUGCUUGUGUUUCCAUUGAUAAUGAAUGCCGUACAGUUUUGGGUAGUCGAUACUAUUGUCAAGGUCCACCCAAUUCCACUAGAUAGCCCCGAUCUACUCAAAGCUAUAGACGAGUCCCCUUCGCCUUAUACCCCUUCAGGACCGCCUCACAACGGAAAACAAACAUCAAAAGUCCUACAAAAUGAACGCACGCCUCUUUUAAAGAAAGUAUCUUCUCAAGAUAGCCUUGUCUAA